UGUCACCAAUUCAGUAAUCGAAUAACCUUCUCAGCAAAAUGGUACAACGAUUCCUUGUAUUCGUCCUCUGCGUAGCGUUCACCCAUGCUGGAAACCUAUUGCCAGCACCAGCUCCUGUUUUCAGGGCUGCACCUUUACCACCCUUUGCGCCACCUCCUCUUGUAGCAGCGCCUGCACCAUUGUUUAGGACAGCACCACCUUUGGCUCCAGCACCAUUGUUAGCUCAUCCACCAGCACCUUUCGUAGCUCCUGCUCCACUUUUGAGAGCUGCUCCUCUCCCACCACCAGUUUAUGCACCAGCGCCACUUGCUCCUUUGCCUCCACCAGUUCUAAGAGCUGCCCCAGUUCUUGCUCCAGCUCCAGUCGUCGCCAAAACCAUCGUGGAUGCCGAAUACGAUCCCAACCCCCAAUACUCUUUUGGAUACACCGUUGACGAUGCCCUCACUGGUGAUAGCAAAGCCCAAAUCGAAACCCGAAGUGGAGACGUUGUCCAAGGUAGUUACUCUCUGACUGACUCUGAUGGUACGAGAAGAAUUGUUGAUUACGCUGCUGAUCCUAUCAACGGAUUCAAUGCUGUAGUAAGGAAAGAACCUCUCGUUGCCCCGGCACCAGUUGCUUUUGCAGCCCCUCACCCCCCGGUUAUAGCGAAAAUUCACUAAUUUUAUGCAAUUUUACUUUUGUAUACGACUGGAAUUCUGUAAAUAUGACUUUGUCUGUGUAUAUAUGUAUUUAACUAGAAAAUUAAAUUUGAAAUAAUGAA